AACUGUAAACCACGAACCACAAGCCACAACGCGUAAGCUAAACAAAGGAAGAAGUUUCCAUCUUCCUCGUCACUCGAUAUCCCAUCAGUCACGCAACCUUCCCGAAAUAAUUCAUUUAUUAAGGCAACAGCUGUUCGAAUCCCAAUGGCAUCAGCAGCUUCCAUCAAACCCAUCGCCACCAUCAACCUCAGGCGUCUGGUCGACCGACACGGGACCAGAUUCUUCUUCUGCCACUGUCGUAGGAGCAACCCAGAUACAUGGAGAGCCUAUAGAGAUGGCCCUGCUCCUCCUGACGGAUUCCCCCGUCUCCCUGGCCGUGGGCCUCCUCGUGCUCUUCCUCCUCUUCCGCUUCGCCUUCAAGUUCUUCAUCCUCCUCCUGCUCUUCCUCGUCUGCUCCAACUUCGUCCUCGUCAUUCGAUGACCUCUCCGCCGCCCCCCUCCGGUUCCUCCCCCGCUAAAACGGUGAGGAUUGCGAUAAAGGGGAGAGUGCAGGGCGUGUUCUAUAGGAACUGGACCAUCGAGAAUGCGACUCAACUGGGUUUGAAAGGUUGGGUUAGGAACCGUAGGGACGGCUCCGUCGAAGCACUGUUCUCGGGGAAGCCCGAGUCGGUGGAAGAGAUGCAGCAGCGGUGUCGGCGGGGGCCGCCCGCCGCGGUGGUCACUGGCCUGGAGGUUUUCCCUUCCACUGAUGAUCCGGGCACUGGAUUCAAGCGCAUACCGACCGUUUGAUCGAUUUGUGUAGAGACAGUGAGUUGUUGCCAAUAUUCUUACUUUACCAUGUAACGUUACUUUUGUUCCUAUAGUAGCAAUAGUACCCUUCUGCAUCUAAUUGAGGAUUUGUGUGGGAAAGGAGGAUAUUUCUUACGCCGCUUGAUUAUGGCAAUUUUUUCAUAUCAAGCGUUGUAAGCAUCAUUUUAAUAGUUUUCUUGACAUUGUGGGAAUAAAUGCUUACCUUACCUUA